AUGUUUUACUCAGAGGCUAUAUUAUCAAAAAAGGGUCCCCUCGCGAAAGUAUGGCUCGCGGCACAUUGGGAACGAAAACUUAGUAAAACUCAGUUUUUACAAACGAACAUACAGACUUCUGUAGGUGCGAUUCUUGGAGAUGAUCAGCCCCCAAUGGCUCUACGAUUAUCUGGACAGUUGUUGCUUGGAGUCGCGCGCAUAUAUUCGCGUAAAGCGAAAUAUCUAUUAGAAGAUUGUAAUGAGGCUCUUUUGAAAAUAAAAAUGGCAUUUAGACCCGGGGAAGUUGAUAUUCCCGAGGACCAAAGAAUUGCCAGUUUUGAAUCUAUUACAUUACCUGAUAAUAUAACAGAAUUCGAUAUCCUUAUGCCAGAUCUUGGUUUGCAUCUCAGACAGUGGACUGAAAUAGCUCCGGUUUCAUGUUCAAAUAUUUCUCGACCCCAAGAUAUCACCAUUAGGGACGAUUUUGAAUUGCCAUUAGAUUUAAAUGUUGUUGAUGAUUUAUUAGGAGAUGCUGAUGAUCGAGACUUUGAUUUGAAUUUAGAUGAUGAUGAUCUCGACCAGAAAGCAACUGGCAAAGAUGAAAUAGGAUCUCAUAGUCAUGAAGGAGAUGAAUCCAUUUCAGAAAUUGAAAUUGCAAGAGACGCUCAAAAAGAGGCCCCACUUACCGCGGAAGACGUUAUUGGUAAAAGUAUGGAGAACGACCCGUUGAUGAUAAUGGACGAUGGGCCCGAGUUACGUCUAGACCUUGAUAUGGAUCUUGAUAUGGAUUAUACGUUAACAAUUGAUACAAGCUUGACUAAAAAUUUUGAGGACACUAAUGAACAUGGGAAUGUGGACGGAAUGGAUAUUGAUGUUCCAGUAAAUUUCGACGAAAACAG